AUGCCAAAGGGAGGCGGUCGUUCCAAAAAAGCUGAAUACUUCAACAACCUCAAAGCUUUAUUGGAAGAAUACCCUUCUAUUUUUAUCGUGAACGUCGACAAUGUGGGGUCAAAUCAAAUGCACCAGAUCCGCCACGCUCUUCGUGGUAAGGCGGUCAUUCUAAUGGGAAAGAAUACUAUGGUCAGAAGGGCUCUGAAGGUUUUGAUCAGCGAAAACCCUCAACAUGAUAAGCUGUUGCCUCACGUCAAGGGAAACAUUGGUUUUGUAUUUACGAAUGGUGAUUUAAAAGAGAUACGAGAUGUUCGUGCGCCCGCUAAAGCUGGUGCUAUUGCACCCGUUGAUGUAAUUGUGCCGGGUGGUAACACUGGUAUGGAGCCUGGUAAGACCUCCUUCUUCCAGGCCUUGGGUGUCCCUACCAAAAUUGCACGUGGCACUAUUGAAAUUAUCAAUGAUGUGCAUCUUGUGAAGGCUGGCGGUAAAGUUGGCGCUUCGGAGGCCACAUUAUUGAAUAUGCUGAACAUUUCUCCAUUCACAUAUGGGUUGACUGUUCUUCAAAUUUAUGACAACGGCACCACCUUUCCUCCUUCCGUUCUUGACAUUGAGGAAUCAACCUUGAUUGAUAAUUUCUUAAGUAGUGUCAAGAUUAUUGCCGCUACUUCUCUUCAGAUAGGGUACCCAACGGUUGCCUCCGCACCUCACUCUCUCAUCAAUGCUUACAAGGAUUUGUUGGCCGUUUCAGUUGCCACCAAUUAUACUUUCCCUGGUUCUGAGAAGAUUAAGGCAUAUCUUGCGGAUCCUUCUGCGUUCGCUAUCGCCGCCCCAGUUGUGGAAACCACUGACACCGCCAAGAAAGAGGAAGCUGCUUCCACUAAGGAAGCUGAGGCUGAAGAGUCGGAUGAUGAUAUGAUGCUGGAUAUCUUUG